AUGAAGUUGUCCAACUUCUUUCUCGCCGCCCUCGUGGCUGGCAGCAAUGCCACAUCCAUUUUCCCUCGUGGCACGCGCCCAUCCCAAUUCCACGACAGAGCCCUCCUCCAAGACAUAAUCACCUUCGACUCGCACUCCCUCUUCAUUAACAAAGAACGCGUAACAAUCUUCUCCGCCGAGCUGCACCCCUUCCGUCUUCCCGUCCCUUCUCUAUAUCCUGACCUCUUCCAAAAGGUCAAGGCCAUGGGUUUCAACAUGGUGUCCUUCUACGUGGACUGGGCCCUCCUCGAAGGAAAGCCUGGGGAGUUCAGGUCUGAGGGAGCGCUUGAUUUGCAGCCCUUUAUUGAUGCCGCGCAGGAGGCGGGUGUUUAUCUUCUUGCGAGGCCUGGGCCGUAUAUUAAUGCUGAGGUUUCGGGGGGUGGGUUUCCCGGGUGGAUUCAGCGCGUGGAGGGGUUUUUGAGGACUAAUGCUACUGACUUCUUGAAGGCGACUGAUAACUAUGUUGCGAAGGUCGGAGCAAUUAUCGCAAAGGCCCAAAUCACCAAUGGCGGACCAGUCGUCUUGUAUCAACCCGAGAACGAGUAUAGUGCUACUGAAGGAACACCCUUCCCCAACCAUGACUACCUAAAAUACGUCAACGAUCAAGUCCGCAAGGCUGGUAUUGUUGUCCCUCUUAUCAACAAUGAUGCUUGGCAAGGUGGUACUGGUGCGCCUGGAACUGGAAAGGGAGCUGUGGACAUUUACGGACACGAUGGUUAUCCUGUUGGAUUCGACUGCGCCAACCCUUACAAAUGGCCCGAGGACAAACUGCCAACGACUUGGCACGCCGAGCAUAUGGACAAGAGUCCUAAGACUCCAUACUCGAUCAUUGAGUUCCAAGGCGGUGGUUUCGAUCCACCCGGCGGCGCUGGUUUCGACAAAUGCUACGACCUGACCAACCACGAAUUCGCCCGCAUCUUCUACAAGAACAACCUCGCUGCCGGUGUUACGAUCUUCAACAUCUACAUGACCUGGGGAGGAACGAACUGGGGAAAUCUUGGCCACUCUGAUGGAUACACAUCCUACGAUUACGGCGCGGCGAUCAAAGAAGACAGAAGCAUCACCCGCGAAAAGUACUCUGAGAUCAAACUCCAAGGCCAAUUCCUCGCCGUCUCACCCAACUACGCAAUCGCAAACCCCAGCAACGUCACAACAAGCAAAUACACGACCAACAAGAAAGUCGCCGUAACAGCACUAACCACCAAACCCGGCGAUGCAUUCUAUGUCGUCCGUCACGCAGACUAUCGAACCACCUCUUCAGCAUCAUACAAACUCAAACUCAAGACCUCUGUCGGCGAGGUUACAAUUCCUCAACUCGGCGGUUCGCUUACACUUCAUGGACGAGAUUCCAAGAUCCAUGUCGUGGAUUAUCCUGUUGGGAAGUACAAGUUGUUGUAUUCUACUGCUGAGGUGUUUACGUGGAAGGACUUUGGGGAUAGGACUGUUCUUGUUGUUUAUGGUGGACCUGAUGAAGUGCAUGAGAUUGCUGUUAAGGGCGAUGACAAAGGCAAGGUUGUUGAAGGUGAUGGUGUCAAGAUGGAGACGAAGAAGGGAGUAAAUGUCUUGCAGUUCAAGACUAGCUACAAGCGUCGUGUGGUGCAGUUUGGCUCUCUUCACAUCUACCUCCUCGAUCGCAAUUCUGCAUACAAUUACUGGGUCCCCACCAUCCCAGGCAAGGGCGACCGUGGUGCAUUCGGAUCGUCUGUUAUGAACCCCAAAGCACUCAUCGUCAACGGUGCCUACCUCAUCCGUUCUAUCACCGUCGAAAAGUCCAAGCUCUCCAUCCGCGCCGAUUUCAACACCACUUCACCCUUGGAAAUCAUCGGUGCACCAAAAGGAACUUCCAGCCUCUUAAUCAACGGCAAAGAAACACCCUACACAAAGUCGAAGCUCGGAAAUUGGCUCGUCAACCCAGCCGUCGCAGUCCCAAAAGUCAAGGUCCCUGACUUAAAGAGUCUAGACUGGAAAUCCGUCGACUCUCUUCCCGAGAUUAAUAAAGAGUACGAUGAUGCUAAGUGGCCUAAUGCUGAUCUCAAGGAGACGUUCAAUUCCAAGUGGCCGCUUAAUAACUCUGUUUCACUCUACGGCGGAGAUUACGGGUUUCACUCCGGAGCGAUGCUCUUCCGGGGUCAUUUUACGGCCGAUGGCUCGGAGGAUAAAUUUACCUUCUGGGCAUUCGGUGGAAUGGGGUAUGGAAGUUCGGUUUGGUUGAAUGACCAGCACCUGGGGUCUCUGGUUGGCGAGGGACCGCGCAACAACCAUACCUCUACGUACAAACUUCCGAAAGUUCAGAAGGGCAAGAAGUAUAUUGUUACUGUCAUCAUCGAUAACAUGGGAUUGAACGGGAAUUGGGUUCCUGGUCAAGAGGUGGGCAAGGAGCCACGCGGUAUCCUUGACUGGUCUGUCAAAUCAGCUUCUGGAAAAGAGACAAAGAUCUCAAAGUGGAAGAUCACAGGUAAUCUCGGAGGAGAAGACUACGUCGACAAAUUCCGCGGUCCCCGCAAUGAGGGCGGCUUCUUCUUCGAACGACAAGGCUACCAUCUCCCAUCCGCACCUACGAAGAACUUCAAGUCCGGCUCACCUUUCAAAGGCAUCUCCAAACCAGGCGUAUCGUUCUAUACAGCCAAGCUCAACCUUAACCUUCCCUCUGACAAAUACGACAUCCCCUUAUCCUUCGAGUUCAAGAACAACACCGCCAGCACAGGCUCAUACCGCGCAUUCCUCUACGUCAACGGUUUCCAAUACGGUCGGUACACAAGCAACAUCGGCCCUCAAUCCUCCUUCCCCGUUCCAGAAGGUGUGUUCAACUACCGUGGUGAUAAUUGGAUCGGUAUCGGACUUUGGGCAUUGGAGAAAGGCGCGAAUCUUGAGGGUCUUAACUUGAAGAUUGGCCAUCCAGUACAGACUGGUCGAGACCCGGUUGCGUACGUCAAAGCUCCCAAGUAUGCUCCCCGUCGCGGGGCGUACUAG